AUGUUUUAUGGACUUACCAUCACAGAUGUUCGACGUCUUAUUUACGAAGUUGCGAAGAUUAACAAUAUAAAAGUACCAGAUAAAUGGCAUGAUACUAAGCUCGCUGGUAUUGAGUAUUUAUAUAAUCUCAGAAAAAGAGAUAAUCGAUUAUCAUUGCGCACCCCUGAGGGAUGCAGCUUAAGCAGAGCGACGUCUUUUAACCGUCACAAUGUUGGUGUGUUCUUCAGUAACCUAGAAAAUGUUAUGUCUAGACACACUGUCGUUGGAAAUGGCACCAGAGUUUUAAACUUAGAUGAAACAAAUACCAUGACGGUGCAAAAAUGUGCCAAAGUUUUGGCAGCGAAAGGACAAAGACAGGUUUCCAAGGUCACCAGCGCAGAACGCGGGACGUUAACAACAACUUGUUAUAUUGUUAGCGCUUUGGGUAAUGCACUGCCGCCAGUAAUUUUAUUUCCCAGGGUGCAUUUUAAACAACAUAUGAUUGCGGAUGCUCCAACUGGAACCUUAGGUCUAGCUACACCAUCCGGCUGGAUGAACGCAGAAUUGUUCGUGCAAACAAUCCAGCAUUUUAUAGCCCAUUCAAACAGCAGCAAAGAAAACCCUAGUCUGCUCAUAUACGAUAACCACGAGUCGCAUAUUUGCAUAGAAGCCUUGAAUCUAGCAAAAGAAAAUGGUGUGACCAUUUUAACAGUGCCACCGCAUUCAACAGGAAAGCUACAACCAUUAGACGUCGGCAUUUUCGGGCCAUUUAAAAGUGCUUAUAACAAAGCAGUAGACAGUUGGAUGUUGCGAAAUCCUGGGAAAACUUUCUCAAUAUAUGAAGUAGCUGGAUGUGUCAGGGAAGCUCACAUGAAAGCUAUGACACCUGGUAAUAUUCCCCUUCAACAGAGAUAUUUUAACUGA